CUUAAGGCAAAAGAAAUGGCAAUCAUUUACGUCCAUCAGACCAAACUGAAACAAAAAUGGACUAUUCUAACCUCAACUAUGACGUCAUCAUCAUCGGCGCUGGCGUCAUGGGAAGUUCCACCGCCUACUACACCGCCAAAACCGGUCUCAAAACACUUCUACUAGAACAAUUCGAUUUCCUCCACCACCGUGGCUCCUCCCACGGCGAAUCCCGCACCAUCCGUGCAUCUUAUCCCAAAAACCCUUACUACAGUUUGGUAAUCAAAUCGUACGAUCUAUGGCGAGAAGCUCAAGCUCAAGCAGGGUUCAAAGUUUUCUACGAGGCUCGUCACUUUGACAUGGCUCCUUCCAACGAUCCAACUUUUGUUUCUGUAGUCGAAAACUGUAGAGAAAACAACGUCGACCACCAACUCCUCCGCCGCGAACAAGUCGUUGAUGAAUUCUCCGGUAGGAUUGAUAUUCCGGAUGACUGGUCUGGUCUUUUAACUGAGCACGGCGGGGUGAUAAGAGCCACGAAAGCGGUGGCGAUGUUUCAGACACUGGCGCGGAACCAUGGUGCUGUUUUGAAGGAUAACAUAGAGGUAACGGAUAUAAAAAACGACGGUGGUGUUGUCGUUUUAACUACCGCGAACAACGAGAGUUUUCGCGGCAAGAAAUGUGUAGUAACGGUGGGAGCAUGGGCGAGUAAACUUGUUGAAAAGAUCUUUUGUGUUCAACUUCCGAUUCAACCUUUAGAAACUCUGGUUUGUUACUGGAGAAUAAAAGAAGGGUAUGAAGGGAAAUUCGCAAUUCGGGGCGAUUUUCCGAGGUUUGCUAGUUUUGGUAGGGUUUGUUUGUAUGGAACUCCGAGUUUGGAGUAUCCGGGUUUGAUUAAAGUGGCGGUUCAUAGCGGUAACCCGUGUGAUCCGGAUAAGAGGCCGUGGGGUUGUGGUGUGAUGAUGGGUGAGAUGAAAGAGUGGGUUGAAGGGAGAUUUUGUGGGUUGGUUGAUUCGAGUGAGCCUGUGAUGAAACAGUCUUGUAUGUAUUCGAUGACUCCUGAUGAGGAUUUUGUGAUUGAUUUCUUGGGUGGUGAGUUUGGGAAGAGUGUGGUUUUGGGGGCUGGGUUUUCGGGUCACGGGUUUAAGAUGGCUCCGGUUGUUGGGAAGAUAUUGACUGAUCUUGUGGUGGAUGGGGAAACUAGUGAAGUUGAUUUGAAACAUUUCAGGAUUGGAAGAUUCAAUGUGGCUUCUUAGCUUUAGGAAAAAAUGUACAUAUAACAGAAACAACGACACAAAUAAGUCAAUAAUUGUUCUUUAGAAGUUGGAGUUGGAGUGUUGAGUUGAAUAAUUUAAAUAUGAAUGAGUUAGUGAGAAUGUGUUUAUACUUUGAAACCUAGAUUUAAAUUCCUAGAUAAUUCAAAUUACACUAAAAUCUGUUGAAUUCCUAGAUUUGAGGCGUAAUUCCCUGCUAUAGUGAGAAUGUGUUUACUCAUACCCACUAGAAUCUAAGGAAACAUGGUUACAUGUAAAAUAUUGGAUUGAAAUGCUUGGCUUCCACUAACUCUUCAAAAUGUAUACAAGCCCAACCUUAUCCCACUAGAUAUGAUCGGCUACAUGAAUAAUGUUCUAUCAAAUAUCAAGCCUUAUUCUCGUGAUCUUUUUUAUUAGUUUUUUAGUUUUUUUUUUCUUUUUUAUCUCUAGUUAUUUGAUUAUUCUCUACUCUCUCUACAAUAAAAUCUACAAGUAUUCUCUUUAUAUGUCUAAACCAUUUAACCUUAUUUUCAUUAUUUUUUUAUUAUAGAUGUCACCCCAACUAUCUUUGUUUAGAAUAUGUUUGUAAGAUUGGUAUGUGAGUUGAGAUUGAUAACAUAUGAAUAAUUUGGAAAAAAAAUGAGUGUGUGUUUUUGUAUUUUUCUCAUAAUUGAAUUAUAACUAUUUUUCUUGAAAAAAAAUCAACAUUACGUAGCUGAUUUGAAAAUUACAUAACUUGAGAUAGGAAACUCCUAUUCGUACAAAAUCAAAUGCGUUUGAAAACUAAUUUAAAGUACUUUAUUAUGGUAAAGUUUCAUAAUUUUAGGUUACUUUUACAAUUUAUAACUAUUAUGGAAUUUUAGCUUCAUUAAAUCAAUUCAUACAACAUUAUCUUACAUUUCUUUGAUAACAUUUUCCUUUUAAUUUGAACUGUAUUUUCGUGUCACAUAAAACCCUCGAGACCUUCUUCCAUUUCAACCACAGAGUUUGAAGUUGAUGGUAUACAUCUCAUAUAUUUCGUCUUAUUUUUAUGUGGGCGAAAACCAUACACUUUCAAGGCUUGUCUCAAAAUUUCUAAGAAUAUUCACAUUCAUACCACUCAAUUUAGUGGUAUAAAUGGACCUUCACAAUAUAUUAUAUUUCUUCACAGUUUUUAAUUAUUUAAGCAAUUAAAUUAUAUUUUUUAAAUAUUUAUACUACUUAUUUAAAAUUUUAAAGCGAGUCCUAUUAAUCUUACAAUAUAUUCCAUGUCACUAUACUAUUGGUUAAAAAAGAAAAAAAAUUCAAAAGCCUCCCAAAGCACCGUGGUUGUAGAAGGGAGAAAUACUUACAUGGAUACGAACCUAAAUCCAUAUUUUUAGGCACAAUCAAUAAAAAGUGAGAAAAUUGACAUUUGUUAAAAAUUUAAUUUCUUUUUUAAUUGUUAUCAUGGAGGUGGUUGAUUUAACAGAGGAGAGAGAUAAUUUUAUUUUAAUUUUUUAAUUAAUAAAAAAAUAUGAUUAACUAUGUGUAAACUCAUGUGUUAUAGUUGUGUCCAUAUAAAAAAAUUUCUUUAGAAGCAACGGUGGCAUAUGAAAAAUAUUACAAUUGCAUUAAAAUGAUAAUAUUUUUUGACAUGGAUGACUUUAAAAUCAGAAGACACUCUGAUGCUCUACCUUUUCAUUCAAAUCCUAUUUUCACUCUCAAGGACAGCUCUUAGGGUGCGUUUGAUUUCCUAAAAAAUGAGGUACUGGACAGGACAACUUUUUUGUACCGUGUUUGAUGCAGAAACUAAUUAUGGUACUGGACAAAAAAUAUAGCAAGGGACUGAACAAAAUCACGAAUUCUUGUCCCCCACUAAACCAUGGGACAAUUUUUUGUCCAAAGCAAAAAUUAUAAAAAAAAUAUCAAAAUACCAUUUUUUACUC